GAAUAGAGGAACAAAAGCCGACUUCUUGCCAUCGUGUGCAACCGGUAAACUAGAACCGGAGGAGACGACGAGCGCGGGAGCGCGAAGCAGAGGGAGAGGUCGCAAUGAAACGAAGUUCGGAAGGGAAGCGAUCUCCGCUCUCUUCCUCGUCGGAGAGGUGGUGGGCGCGCCCAGGAGCUUUCCUACUGUUUGUGCUGCCUCUUGGUGUUGCUCUAUGCGUCGCGGAUGACCCAUCGAAUUGCCUCAUGGUGUACAAAAGCGGUGGCGCUCCGGCUGUCUUCCGGUCGCCAAAGUGCUCGAGGUGGCGCCCUCCAGCCGAAUAUCGUCGUGCCGAUUGCCACGUGGCAUCGCUUCAGGGUCGGAGGCGGAGCCAGGAGGAUCGAGCAUUCUGCGCCUUGAAUACCAGAAUUCCAUUUCCCGGCAGAAAAGGGCCUAAAGAGAUCAAUGUGGGACUAGUAGCAGUUUUCGAUGGUCACAAUGGUGAUGAAGCUAGUGAGAUGGCUUCAAAACUUCUUCCUGAAUAUUUUUUUCUCCAUUUGUAUUUUAUUCUCGAAGGAAUAUACACUUCUGCAUUAAGGAAAGCUUCUGGAAGGUUGUCACUGGAUGGAAAAAUGGAGUUAACUGUUCCAGGAUUUGAUUGGUCAUGGAAUUCAAAUGAGCAUGCCUUUUAUUUUGAAAGACCUGAACAGAUUCUGUCUAGGGUGUUCGACAAAUCAUUCCACUUGGAGAUUUUGAAGAAAUCAUUGCUUCAUACAGUCCAUGAUAUUGAUGCAGCAUUUUCCAAGGAAGCCUAUGACAACAAGUUGGAAGCUGGAUCCACAGCAACUAUCAUUAUUAAAGCUGACGAUCAAGUUUUAGUUGCCAAUAUAGGAGACUCAAAGGCCCUUCUCUGUUCAGAGUGUUUAAGUUCCUGUAAGAAGACAAAUGGCCAUUGGAGGUAUCUAGGUCAAGCAUUGCAUAGUGAUAGUGGUGCUAUGCGAAGAAGAAGGAACUAUAAGCUCUCACAUGAUGGUGACUCAACAUGCUUUUGUGUUAAAGAGCUAACUGAGGACCAUCAUCCUGAUAGGAAUGAUGAAAGAUCUCGUGUAGAAGCUGCUGGAGGUUAUGUUGUGGAGUGGGGAGGGGUUCCUCGAGUCAAUGGAGAGCUAGCUGUUUCGAGAGCUAUUGGUGAUGUUUCAUUUAAAAGCUAUGGCGUUAUACCUGUACCUGAGGUCACAGAAUGGCAAACUUUAUCUGAUAAUGAUACUUAUAUUGUGGCUGCAACUGAUGGUGUUUUUGAGAAAUUGUCUGCCCAAGAUAUUUGUGAUAUCAUAUGGGCAUCACAGAAGGGAAUAAAGGAAAUACCCAAUGGCAAUGCUCAGUCUUUGGCUGAUCCUAUUGUAAAUAGGGCCUUUGAGAUGGGCAGCAUGGAUAACAUGGCUGCUGUUGUAGUUCCACUUCAAUCUGAUGGCACUCCUAGUACCUUGGUCAGUGAAGACAUUGAUCUGGAAGGAGAUGCAUCUUUCACCUUAAGCAAUACUCAAAAACAACCUUAUGGAUCAGAUGGUAGCACUAUCAGUUUCAACCUUAUAUCAAUGGACUACCUCAGUUGGAUUCUUGCAAAUAUAAACAGGAUAUUGGCCAGAGGAAAUGAUCACAAUGUUUCUUGUUUUCAUUUAUAUGAGAAUCUGAAAGAGACUCGGCAUUACGUUUUCCAAUCAGCGGAUUGCAAGGAAAAGACAUUUCAUAUACAACAGGCCAUGCCCAAAGCACUAGGUCUAUAUCAUGGGGCUUCACCUUUAUAUUUAUAUAGCAAUUCGAAAUUAUGCAUGAGCUUUCAACUGGAUGCUGAGGAAGACAAGGGCAGCUGUGCAAAUCCUGAAGGUUUUUUGAGGUUCCUGAGUUUAAUUGGUUCAGUUCCAUUUCAUGACGGUCUCUCCAAUAAUUCUGACUCGUCAGGAUAUGACUUCUCAGCUUCCAGGUACAUUCUUAAGAGAAAAUUUAAUCGUGGAUCUUUUGGUGAGGUUUGGUUAGCAUAUCAAUCGAAUUGCUCAGAAGGAGGUUUAAGUCUGAAAUUGAGAAAAUUUGUUGAUGGAUGUUAUCAUGGGGAUACCAACAUGUCCCUUGAUGAAGAUGGACGUGCACAAAACAACUCAUCAGCUAGCCGUACUUCUGAUAUUGAUGUGGAGGAUCUAUACGUUUUAAAACGCAUCAUGGUAGAAAGAGGAAAUAGUGCCUAUUUAAGUGGAUUACGUGAAAGAUACUUUGGGGAAAUCUUUUUGAAUGCUUCAGUUGCUAUCAAAGCAUUGGCCUCAAUAUGCAUUUCUGAUGACUUAACUAAAGCAAAUGAGCUCAACCAACAGUUGCAAAGAAAUGAUUCAGACCUGUUUGAAGUGGGGGAGAACUUGAGUUCUGCAAAUACAUGUGCAUACAAAUCAAGAACGACAAUUGUUGACUAUGAAGAAGGUUUGGACCAUAUAGCUAGAUAUGUAGAAUCUUUUGAGUCAGAACACAAUGAACUUUGGCUCGUGUUUCAAAAUGAGGGUCAAUCGUUGUCAAAGCUUAUAUAUACGACUGAAGCAACAGGAGAAGGUGCUGACAAUGAAAGAGAUGAAAAUACUGAAAGCAUUCAGAUUAUGCGUCCCUCUUCGUGGUGGCACUGGUUGAGGAAAACAGAAGCGGGACAAAAGCAGAUGCGGAGCCUUAUAUGGCAACUGCUGUUAGCUCUAAAGUCAUGUCAUGAUCGCAACAUCACCCAUAGGGACAUAAAACCAGAGAACAUGGUGAUAUGCUUGGAAGAUAGGGUGACUGGGAAAUGUUUAAGGGGAUAUCCUAGUGAUGCAAAUAUGUACAACAUUAAAUUGCGCAUAAUUGAUUUUGGUAGUGCUAUUAAUGAAUUUACAAUCAAGCAUCUGUAUGGAUCGAAAGGACCUUCAAGGUUGGAGGAGACAGUUGAGUACACUUCCCCUGAGGCUAUGCUAAAUAUUAGUUGGUCUCGUGGGUCACCUGAUAUAACACUCAAGUAUGAUAUGUGGGGUGUUGGUGUUGUAAUGAUGGAACUGAUCUUAGGAUCUCCACAUGUCUUUCAGAUAAGUUCUAGGACCCGUUCUCUCUUAGAUCAGUAUCUAGAUGGUUGGACUAUGGAGGCAAGGGAGCUUGCUUACAAAUUGAGGGCGUUCAUGGAAAUGUGCAUUUUGGUCCCUGGGAGUUCACCACUCCACCAAUCUACUGGUGCGAAAGGGGAGCAUGGUGGUUCCUGGCUUGCUUCUUGGAAAUGCACUGAGGAAGCUUUCUCUGAACAAGUGAAGGCACGGGAUCCACUCAAACUUGGAUUUCCAGAUAUUUGGUAUUUGCGCUUGGUCCGCCAACUGUUGAUCUGGCAUCCUGCCUGUUGCAGUGGUAGAGGUGAUGCCUUUUUCCCAAUUUUAUCGGAUGUCUCCGAAGAGACAAGGCAGAUAGAUUAAGCGUUGACAACGCUCUUCAGCAUCCUUACUUUCAUCCUCAUUUUCAAAGAUGAGCAUGUCUUCCAUCACAUUUUCAUCAGGCCCCUUGGCCUGAUCUUUUGCAAUUGCUGCAUGCCUGUUUUCAAGCAAGCACCAAAGAGGUGUUUCCUUCCCUGAGUCCUACUGCAAUCAUGUGGCUCUUGAUUUAUCUUGAAAGUGUCAAAAUGUGGACCUCAUCCUUGCUUCGUCUGGUGGAGCCUAUGUUUUGGUUUCACAUUGAUGGAUAUGUUGUUCAUCUCCUGGCACUGAAAUUGAAGUAUUUGAUGUUCACGACACAUCAGUAUCAGCCGACUGUUAGAAACCUGGACCUGGAAUUGUCUUCCAAGACAAAGUCAAACCUCUGGUAGUCAUGGAUCUCACGGAUCAAAGAGAACACUGAAGCAGGAUCCUGGUCAGACUCAUGAAUCGUUGCCAGGCUGUGAGAUGUUACAGAGUUGGUUCUGCACUUCUUGAUUCUUUCAGGGAACAGAUUGACAGGAGACGGACGUCUACCUAUCUGAAUGUGGAGGUUUUCAUUUUACUGGAUGUCGAAGAGGACAUCUGCCCGUAACUUUGAUUAUUCCAGGAUGCUAGUCAAAGCUUUGGUGCCAAAGUUAGGAUGCGUGAAGCGUGGGCCACUGAAAUGUGUUCUCCUUUUUCCUAGAUUAAAGGUCCCCCUAAGGGCGUAUUUGAUGGUGGGAGCGCGUAAAGCAUAUUUGAUGGUGGGAGCGUGUAAAACAGACGGUUCAUCUCGUCUGUUCUCCUUGCCAUCCUUGUUGCCAACCUAGGCUACCGAUCCACAUAGUUGACAGGCAUCCUUCCAGAUCACGAUAGUGCUUUGUGGAAGUGGAAACCUGGGAAAGAUCUGGGGCUUGACUUUCGGGUGGGUUGUUGGUCAACUGUUAUCUCUUCGCGAGAGAGACUGGCAAGACUGAGAAACCAGCGGCCGAGUAAGCCACUGAAGAAAUUUCCAGAACAUUCUCCAGGAAGGCGAAAGAAGGACGGUGGACUCACGUUCAGAUUCAAGAAACGAGAUUUGUUCAAG